AUGUCGUUCGGCUACGCAAUCGGCGACUUCAUCGCCGGCGCAAAUCUGGCCCACCAGCUCAUUCGUGUCAUGACGCAGAGCAGAGGAGCGUGCGAAGAGUACCAGGAAGCCAUGACAGAGCUGUGCGCGAUCCAGCAGGCCUUCAUACACGUCAGCCAGGUCAAGCGGAGCAACUUGCUGCCGCAGGCCACGUUGAACUCGGCUGAGUUCAUCGUCAUCUCGUCAAUGGAUAUCAUAGCCAAGUUCCUGGAGAGAACCAAGCACUACCAGAAUAAGCUCUCCAUCUCCUCGGACUCGUCCUUCGGCGUGAGUGUGAGCAGCAGUUGGUGUAAGGUAGGCUGGGCGCUCUUCAAGAAGGAGGAGCUGCGGGCCCUCCGGGAUUCCCUGCACUGUCGGCUUGUGGCGAUCAACAUGCUCUUUACAGCUGCGAAGCACAUCCAGCCGCUACCCGAGUCUAUCGCACAAUUUCGGGUGCCAAAUGACGGCUUAUACGCAUACGAGUCGACAAGGGAGGAGUCGCAAAUCGAUCAUCCUGAAAUAUCCUCUACCGAGCCCGUAACAAGCAGGACAGACGUCAAAACUGUUUCAAACACAAUCAAAGAUGGUCAAUCUAUACAAACUUACGAAAAGCUUCCGACUACAGAUCGACCGAACCGACCGAGCUAUACAGCGACGACUGAGAAUUCUACACAACAGGGUUGGAAGUCACAGACUAGUAUCCAACAGACCGAGAUCCCCAGGAAUGUUGAGGAGCGUAUCGAAAGUCGUCUAAAUAGCGCUAAGGACCUGUGGGAGGAUAUGGCUGCGCAAGAAUGGAGGAAAAAGAUUGAAGCACUGGCCAAACUAGAUGCCGAGCUAUCUCUCCGGGACGAGUUGGAGGCUGAGAGAAAGGCUGCACAGGAGGUCGAGAAUGACGAUACGCUGAAAUUACCAAUCAAAUUCAAGGAUGCAGUUGGCAGGAAAUUCUGUUUUCCAUUCCAUCUGUGCCGUACGUGGUCGGGCAUGGAAGAGCUCAUUAAACAAGCUUUCAUCCAGGUGGAUGUCAUUGGACCCCACGUACAAGAAGGCCACUACGACCUAAUAGGUCCGAAUGGUGAAAUCAUCCUCCCUUCCGUAUGGGAGAAGAUCAUUGAACCCGACUGGGCUGUAUCGAUGCACAUGUGGCCGAUGGACCGAGUUCCACUUAAACCUGUUCUCCCAUGGGGAAGGCCACUCCCAAGCCCUCCUAUUCCUCCUGGGCACCCAAGACCUCCUAUUCCUUCUGGGCACCUAAGACGUCCUAGCAUUGAAGAUGUGACGCUGGAGAAGAAGGGCGGACAGAAAGUGAACUUUAUCAGAGGUUUCCUGCGUAGGAAGGUUAAGUGGGUCAGGAACAGGCCGGAGACAAGCUCCUCAGAAUGCUCCUCAUUGGACGAGGCAUUUUCUAACGAAUGA